AUGGACAUCAAAGGAGAGCCCAUGAUAGAACAAUACAGCUGCAAGCAGGAACAACCAAUACCAUCAGCACCAGUAUCAGUACCACCACCACCACCACAGCAGCAAGACCCACAGCAAGAUAUAAUUCAAGAUCUGCAGCAGCAGUUGUAUGAGUCAAAACAGACACAAGAAGAAUACAAGGUCCGCAUACAACGAUUGAUGGAGCUGGUGGAGAAACAAGCGACCAUCAUUUCCACAUUACAACAGCAAUUAUCAUCACGACAACAACAACAAUGA